AUUCCUCUACUACCAUGAGCGGUACAGUUGCCUGCCAAAGUGCAAAAUGCCCGAACGGCCACCCUCCUUCUAAACUGGAGUGUCCCACCUGUCACAAACUAGGGAUACAGGGCUCGUUCUUCUGCGGACAGGAAUGUUUCAAGGCUGACUGUAAGUCUGGGCAAAAAUCGCACAAACGUGUGCACGACAUUGUCGCUCCACGCAAGCCUUUGCUGGACGAUCCUUCCAUUAGCAAAAGUGGCGAUGGUACAUUCAAUCCCUUCCACAACUUUGAAUUCACUGGCAGCAUGCGUCCUGUUUACCCCCUUUCUCCUCGACGGAUAAUUCCCGAGCACAUAAAAAGACCAGACUAUGCUGAAAGCGGUGAACCCACUUCAGAGGUCAAGGGUGCUGGGCGGCUCCGUAUUUUGACACUGGAGGAGCAAGAAAAGAUGAGAGUAGCCUGCAGGCUCUCGCGAGAAGUGCUUGAUAUCGCCGCAUCCCAUGUUCGUCCCGGGAUCACCACCGACGAGAUUGACGCCAUUGUACAUGAAGCUACUAUCGAAAGGAACGCGUACCCAUCGCCCCUGAACUACCGAGAUUUCCCAAAAUCUGUCUGCACGUCUCUAAAUGAAGUAAUUUGCCACGGUAUUCCCGAUCAACGGAAACUGCAGGAGGGAGACAUCAUCAACAUCGAUGUGUCACUCUAUUAUGACGGAUUCCAUGGAGAUGUCAAUGCUACGUAUCCUGUGGGCCGGAUAGAUGACGAAUCUAAGAAGCUCAUCCGUACUACGAGAGAAUGUCUUGACGAGGCCAUCAAGCUCUGCAAGCCAGGUUUCCUCAUCCGUGACAUCGGGAAAACGAUCGAACCCAUCGCCCGUGCCAACGGCUGUUCUGUCGUGCGAAUGUAUACCGGCCAUGGAAUCAACGAACUUUUCCACUGUACGCCCUAUCCUCCGCACUACGCAAAGAAUAAGGCUAUCGGGAUGAUGAAGCCCGGGAUGACAUUAACUAUCGAGCCGAUGAUCAAUAUUGGGAGCCACUGGGACCUAGUCCAUUGGCCGGAUAACUGGACUGCUACGACCGUCGAUGGAAAGAAAAGCGCGCAAUUUGAGGAAACAUUGCUAAUUACGGAGACAGGUGUAGAAGUCCUAACUGCUGGCAAACCGAUGGAGCUAUUAUAGCUGUAGUAGUCGGUUCAGGCAUGUAUGCUUUGGUCAAACAACCCUGUGUCAACAUCCAAUCGAUCCGCCGACCUGUUGCACCAGC